UGUUCACCGUCUGUGCGGCCCAUACUGGCAGAUUUUUCUGUUGCUAGGAGAUACCAUCCGGAAGAGGAUAUUUGCUCUGGACCCCUGCUAUACCACCGUGGACAACACUCCCGAGGACUUCUAUUGCUGGUCGGAGAUAAGAUCAGAUUAGCCCGUCUUUUGGAUCCGGAUACUUUGUUUUUCUUUCGCCUGUCUUCGUUUUCUGCAUUUUGUGCUUGUUUCGAGGACCAAAAAAGGAGAACAAAUCUCGGAUUAGCCUUCAUAUCAGCCUUGGUGUUCCCUGGACGCAGUCAAUAGAUCUAUUAUUCUGUUCUUGCUUCUUCAAAACAAACCGGUCGUCAUUUCUCCAUACUUUGGAACCUUGGUUGUGGACCUCCUGUUCCGGAUUUCAUUGUUGCCACUUGGAUCCGUUGUGCCUUAAUACCUUACUACCGGAGACUUGCCCUUCUGGAUUAUCAAAAUGUCUGGACGUCAAAAUGAAUAUUUCAUCCCUGGGGAUGGUAUCAGCCGGGAAGUCAUUCAAGCGGACAUUUGUCGCUACCUUGGAAACGAUGCGCUCGUAAGACCUGGAAAUCACAAUGGCUGUCAAGGCUACUUCAUCCGGGCUUAUCGGAAUCUCACAUCUGAAAUGAUUACUGACCUCAAAGCGGACUCUUCUCGCUGGGAGGCAGAUGUAAUGCGCCGGAAAGAUCAAGGCCACCCACGGGGCCACUACUACCAUAACGAUUAUCAUAUGCAGCAAGAAUACUCUCUGCCUCACCAAGGUCCUAAUGUGCUUCCGCCAACUUAUGGGCAUGGUGCAUCUGUUCCUCCAACUAGUUAUGGUACUUCUGUCCCUCCGGCGCCAAGUUAUGGCACUUCUCUUCCUCCAGCAAGUUAUGGUACAUCUGCGCCAAUCCACGAGGCGCGCUCAUCAACUGGUCCAUCUCCACCGCCCACCUACAGUGCUCCUCCACCCCAACAAUACAUGGAAUCGUAUGCUACAAACCCAUACGGACAAACGCAGAGUCCUCCUUAUUCCACACAUUCUACUCCGACGUCGUAUCCUGCUACCCACUCCAACCACUCCAACCACUCCACCGCCCACUCGCAUUCGCCUUUCACGCCUGGUCAGAAUCAGUUCCCUUCACAGCAGCAAAUUCCUCCCUUCACUACGUCGGCUCAGCCUGCAGUUUCUGCUGAGAUCCACCCGUCAUACAAGUAUACGAGCUCCGGUUACGGCUAUGACGGUGGAUGGAACAAUGCUCCCAGAACAUAUCCCGGGCCUGGCUAUGAGACCGAGACAGAGUAUUCCCCUGUUACCACUGGAGUGAAUUACCCGGCUACCACAGCUGCUGACCCUCGCAUGCCUGGAAUGGGAUUAAGAUACACUCCGGAGUCGACAUAUUCGGACCGCAAUAGGCCACAGCCAGCAAGAGAUAACCGUGCCCGGUAAAGGAUUCUUACUUCCAUGGACUUCAUAGUUUGACGUUCCAGGAAAGGAAGUUGAUUCUUUUUUUUAUUCCUUUUUUUUUUUUUUUUUAUAAUUCUUCGUCUGAACAAAAAAUGUCAAAAGAGCAAUUCUUUUAUACCCCGUUGCCCAGGAGUACCAUGGCCGGACCGUGAGAAGAGGCUCCGUUGGGACUC